AUGUUAACUAAACAAGCAAAGAAAGACAAAGGAGGUAUGGGGUUGACAGCAACACUGAGAAGUUGUAUUAACUCAAAGUUACUUACAUCUUUGGCUAUUCUUUGUUUCUCGUACAACUUUUCUUCGUUUAUAAAUCAAACUAACGCAGAGUGUUGUUACGAAGCUUAUUACGAUUUUCUUGUGAUGAAUCCGUCUCAAAAUGUUAAAAACGUGGUUGUUGAAAAAUCAUUGCUUAUCAAUUCAUUUCGAUCAAUGGUGUCUAAUAGUAUUUCACUUUGUGUAAUAUGGAUUAUGUUAUCACCAUUGUUUAAUAGAAUGUUUAAUAAGUUGGGUGUACUUGGGUUUAGUAUUUGUCAACCCAUUUUUUCCGAAUUAGCUGCAAUUAGUAUGUUGAUAUGGGCAACUAAUAAUUUAAAUCAGAUUGAUGAUGUAAAACCUGCAUUUAAUUUUAGUCUUCCAUUUAGUUUUACUUCAAAUAUUCUCAUGGAAUGUAAUUUUGCUGCUUUUUUUGAUGCAGCUAUCAAAAUCACUAAGUUUGCUUUUUAUGAUUUUUAUGUUGAGUAUAUUUAUGCAUCAAUCGAAGUUUCUAAAAGAAGUAGAUAUAAAAAUAUUGUUAACAGUGUUUUUGGAAAAGGUGGACAAACAUUGGGAGCUGUUGUGUUUUUAUUGCUUGAAAUGUGCGGAAUGGGCAGUAAAACAAGACAAGUCUUACCAAUAGUAUUCGUUAUGAUUAGCAUUAUCUCAAUUAUUGCAAUAUUCUGUUGUUUUUACUUAAACAAAAUUUAUAAAGAGGCUGAUAAGAAUAACAAAUUUAUUACUGAUGAUCCAUUCUUUAAUAAAUCUCAGUAA